UAUUGGAGAAGCUGGUGUGCAUUCGGCUGUGUGUAUGUGUGUGAGUGUGCGUGUGUGAAUGCGAACAAGUUGAUAUUCAUUUAAAUUUUAUUACCCCCCCUCCUCCCUCCUCAUAAACAUAUUUGAGUUAAACUCCGGGAGAGAUAAAAGUAGUUAAACAUACAGCAAAGGCAGAGUGACUCCGAUGAACUCGAAAAUAAGUUUGCUGCGCACUGCCUUUGAAAAGAAGCCGCAUCUACGCAGUUUGAGGAAUCUCGGUGUGUCGGUGUUUUUAUCGACACCGGAGAGAGUCAGUGCAGCUGCUUUUUGUUGUGUGCCUUCUUUCAAAGUCGCUGGUGAAGUUGCUGUAACCGUCACGCUAUAGGAGGCAGUCAAGCGGGGAUAAGCCAUACACGAGAAAAUAAGACAAAAUGCUGAAGACGCUGACGAAGAAGCUGAGAAGACAUUCACUCAAUGAGAUCCAUCCUUUCCAAGUGAAGAUUUCCUACCAUGGCAGCGGAGAGGGAGGGGAGAGCGAUGACUCAGAAGGGGAGAACCAGGAGCUUGCACAGAUUGACAGAGAGAGGCGAAGAAAUUGUGCCCUCACCCCUCUGGCCACCAGCCAGCAGCACAACCAGGGUCCCCUCUCUCCUGCCCGGCUGCGACGUCUGCGGCUCCUUUUAGAUGCCAAUCUGGAUCGCCACUCUUCAGAGGAAGAACUCGAGCGAAUCAGCUGUGGCGAUAACAGGAAGUGGGUGUCUUCACUCUCCCAGCGCCACGGCGAUCACCACAGCAGUGCCUCCAGUGAUGAGGAGGUGCGGGACCUCUGUGGCUGCAGGUCGCCUGCCGCCUCCGCCAGGUCGCUGGGGGAGCCCGGUGCUUGCCUGGCUGCCUCCCCCAGCCCUGUACUUUUCAGCUCCAGCCCACCACGUAGCCUCAAGCCACCCCCCAUGCGAUUUCAGCUGCAGGUGGUGCCGCCGGUUGCACGACCCAUCAUCUUGACCCACUUUGACCAAUCAGCACCUUACAGAAAGUUUCGGCACAGCUACGGGGGGGAGCCAGGGAGACCCAGUCUGGACUUGGAGAAAAUGCAACAGAAGAUGCUGCUGAAAAAGAACUGCGGAGGGAAAACACGGACCAUAAAGAUUCGGAACCUGACGGGCAGUCGUCCCCCGCCCAGGUACACCUACGACCCCUCCAUCUUCGCCUUCCGCUCCCUGAGCACAGUCCCCCCCUGCAGCCCUCUGAGUCCGUCCGAGGAUCCUCCCUGCUCAUAAGGAAACAUCCUCCCACCAGAUAAUCCUCCCCACCCCUCUCUUCAUUCCCAGACGGCUGCUUUUUUUUGUGGUGCCCUUCUUAGACCAACGAGCGGCUGGUAUGAAAGCGUUUGUUUGAUGGUCGAAUUCUUGCACACUCAGGUAAUCCCACCCUGUCACUUUGAGCGUUGCUCUCUGCCUGAAAUCAGCAGCGGGCCCAGCACAACCCAUCUGAGGAUGCUUCAGGUUUUAGAAAUCCUGUGAUUGGAGGAAGAACGCUCCGGAAACGGACACGGCCCACCUGAACUUAAGUUUUCAGCUCAAUAUUCAAGGGAAAUAAUGCAUGUAAGACAAUCAAAUGCUUCCAGGGUUUCUUCCUUUGAUAUGAUAGCUUCAUAAAAACACAGCGAGGUGAGUCCUCUGACAUCAGUGGUCACGUUUGUCUGUUUGAAAUUAAGUAAAAAAAAAAAAAAAAAAAAAAGCUUCUCUGGAUGUAUUAUUGAAUAUGCAGGUCAUGUAAGGCUGAGCUAUAACAAACAUGUAUGACUGUAGUUGAAUAGUUGACCUCUGACCUUUUGAUGAUUUACGUUUCUUAAUGAAUUUGUCACUUGUAGUCCAGGUCAAAGUUCAGUACUUGUAUCCUCUUUCCUUGCAUGAAUUUCACUGCUUUGCAGAAAGAGGUAUGUGGGUGAGAAUAGUUUGCUGCACAUUCGGCGAGUGUACACGGUGCUGUGUUCUGCAUAGCCUACUUGUAGUGUGCCAUUUCUUUUCUCCAAUAUUGUACCUCAUUACUUUCUAGGUAGAAGAGGACCACUGGUGUAAUUAAGAUGUCCCAGUGUUUCUGCAGAUCUCUUAAUGCCUUGAAAUGACAUUCCUGUUGUGUUGAAUGAAACUUGGGGUCGAUCUCGGCCCCGAGAACUGAGCUGAUGAACUUAUUAAAUGCGAAAUGUCACCACUGUAACUAGGAUUUUGCCGAAGUGAAUGUAACAUUGUGACAUGUUUUCGUCCCUUGUUGCACAAAAAUUAGUCAAUAAAUGCCCUGUGGCCUCUUGUU